CCACUCUGUAUCGAGUCGCCGUCGUGAGUGCGUGCGCCACGCGCUACACCCGCCGAACCUCAACACUUUUACUUGAUACAAAUACGUCCGCGGACUGAGACACGGAAACUGUCACUUUCGUUCCAGAUCCGCAAUCCAUUUGCAACUAUGAUAACACUGUGAAAUUUUGUUGUGCACUCUUUGGCUUGUUUCAACAACACCACUCCAAGAAUUCAUAAUGCCCCAGUGGGCCAGUGGAGAAGGUGGUGGUUCAGAAGCCGAGUCGCCCGGCAAGACCAUGGUCUUCUACGACGAGGCAUCAGAAUAUUAUGAAAAUAAAAUUGAUGUGGGUGUCAAAAUAGAACCAGCGGGUGGCAUGGAGCAGAUAAGGGAAUUGCGAAAAUCAUCCGUAGCCGUGCAUUCAAAUCGAUUAGUCUGCACUUGCGCUUACGCAAAGCAGUUUAUCAAGCGUACCGCGCCAUCACGUAAUAGAAUUUCAACGCUGAGAGUUGCACAAACUGAACGCUCUGAGCGUCUCAGUUCUACGACAGUGGUAGCGGUAGUAGCGGCAGCGAAGAGCAGCCGCGCAGGAUGUCUCGGCCACGACGGACCCCCUCCGGAUCCCCGCCCACCACGACAAGCGUUACCACCGGCUCCGGACCAGGACGCCGGCGAAGAUGCGCCGUUUCAGCCCGGGAACGCAACAUCCGCCGGUUGGAGAGCAACGAGCGGGAGCGAGUUGCGCCGAGUAAUACCCCAUGUGAAGAAGGACAACAGGAGCUUGUCAAAGAUAGAAACGUUAACACUUGCCAAAAAUUACGUGAAGGCCCUAACUAAUGCCAUUUGUACAAUGAGAGGUGAAAGUCCGCGAUACCAAUUCACUGCUGAGGACGAGAACGUUGAACCAUCUUUCGUGCUAAGCCGCGAACAGGAGCAGAACAACAACAUGAUGGUGGAGGACCGAGAGGCAGUGCCAGUGUCCAUGUCUGACACAUUCUGACAGAGGCGCAGCGCCCGCCUGGAGCACAUUGUACUCCGUGGUUGCGCAGCUUGUCAUAAGGAUGAUAUGCAACGCCAACUCCGCUAAACCAAAAGUUGGUUUAAAACGUGACGCCAGCUCCAUUACGUAACUAAACAGCUUUCGAUUACAAACCCGAUUUGUUAUAACCUCACUUAGAUGUUGCAUUGCAUCCGAUCGAUGCCAUUAUUUGUAAUCAUCUCUAAAAGCAGACACUAUUUAAGAAAUCUGUUAGUGGUAACUAAUAGCGAUAAAAAGUUGGUCGUUGUUAUGAUUUUCAUUGUUUUUAGUCUGCCUUUUAAAUCUAGAAAUUGAUAAAAAUAAUUGUAUAGACAUAGAAUUUAUUCAAGGGCUAAAGAUUUGACUCUUGUUUUUUUUUAUGUAAUCGAGUUCAUUUUUGUAAUGAGAAGGCAUACUUAAUAAUAAGAUGCUGGCUUGGUGGAUCUCAUAAUAUUUUUUUAACUGGUAGGUUUUUUAUUUUUCUUGCCGUUCUCAUGACACCAUAUUAUGACAAGUGUAUACGAAUAUUGGAUAAUGAUCUUUAAAACAAUAUAAUCAGCAAGUAGAAUGUUAUAGAGUCUCUUGUUGAAGAUGAAUAAUUUUUGUUAAACGUCUGUAUUUAGGUUAUAUUAGGAAAGAAUAAAUUUUUUCAAUGCCAAUAUUGUAUUAAAUAAAAUCAUACCUACAUUAUAAAGUACAAAACGCAUUAAGUUAUUUUCAAUUCAAAAGAUUUCAAUGUUGGUAAUAUCUACGAAUGGUGUCAUAGGACCGGCAUGAUUUUAUUGAAUCGAUUUUAAAAUUUUGCCACCUUUUAUUAUGAGAUAAAAUUGAAGAAACAUAAAUUAUAAAUUAUACUUAUGUAAGUUUAUUCUCUUGGCUAUUCUUGUUAUAAAUAGGGAAAAAUUUAAGUCUAAUAAAUUAUUGCUCUUACAAAGAAACUGUCAUAAUAUAAUGGAAGUUUAUUAUAAUGAUAAUGUAUAGUAGAUAUCAAUAUAAUUAAUAUUUGUAGAUGUUGCUAGAUUAAAUUAAUAUUAUUUUGAAGUUUACUAUAAUAAAACACCUGAUGUUAUCUGAACUGAAUAUAAUUGACUUAUUUGUUUUUUUUUUUAUGAAGGUAUAUUUAUUUUGCUCAUGGUGCCAAAAUAAGUUUCAUAAAUAAAAUAAUUUGGCAAUAUAAUGUUAGGUAGAUGCCUAUAUUAUAUUACCUGUUAAGUAUGUGUUCCAAUGUCAAUUCCAUAUAAAUCGAAUUAAUAUCUAUAAGUACCAAAUUUUUUUAUAUUAUAUGAUUGUCGUUUUUAAUUUUGAUUAAAUUGCCAUUUCUUUAAAUAUUUUAAUUUAAAAAACACUAUCUAGUUAUACAUAAAGUAGAGUAUCCAAAAGAUCUUCAAUGUAGUACCUUUAUUAUCUACUAUUAAUAGGUAACUAAUUUUAUUCAGUCAAUUCGAAUUGUAUACCUUCAUAAAAAUAUUAGCCCACAAAAGCUAUUAUUAGAUAUUAUAUUUAUAGCUAUGAUUAUGAGUGUAAGAUAGUUUUUCAUUGGUUCCAAUUCUGUUAUACCACUCUCUAAUUAAACAUUACCAAAAAAAAUCUAACUUUAAUUUGGAUUUAUUUCAAAAUUAUCCCAUAUUCUUACGUAAUAAGAGAAAGAAUAAUUCAACUCCUAUAUAAUAAAAUAUAAUAAGUUUACUUCUGUUAACUAGUUACUCAAUUUAACAGGGCUAAACUAAGCCAACUAAAUAAAAUAUGUGCAACAGAAUUGCUACCUCUUUAUC